AUGAAUGAAUUCUAUGUAUCAAAUGAAAAUGACAAGAAAAAAUAUUUUGAGAAAAACUCGAAUUAUAUUUCUGAGGAAAAUAAAUCAGUAAAAAUAUAUGUGCAAGAAGAACAAAAGAAUGAUGAUGAUAUAAUUUCCAAUAAUUUUGAUGGACUUAACAAAAAGCGGGAAAAUGAAAACAUAAAAUGGGUAUUUGAAAAUAAUUUACAAAAUCCAGUAAGAGAUUCAAGUGAUAAAUCAUAUAAUGGGAAUGAAGAAGAUCCAACAAGUAGUUUUUUUAACAUUAAUGAAUUUAAUGUGAAAGUGAUUCUUCGAUUUUUGGUUGACUGUUGUUCAUUUUUAUGUGCAGUAGGAAUAUGGGGUGUUUUAGACGAAAUCUUAAUUAUACUCUCAAAAGAAAAUAUUUACAUAAAAUUUUAUUAUUAUUUGAUUUUUACCAUUCUUUUUACUUCAUUUAUGUGUUCUUUUAAUUUGUACAUUUCAAAAUAUGAAUACAGAAAUAAUUUUAUAUAUAAUGAUCUGGAAAACCAAGAAUAA